AUGACAGAUGAUCAAUCUGAAGAUGGUCUUCAAGAUUUGGAACCGCCCCCUGAGCGUGACUUUACGUGGGAUGAAGUCUCGGGUGAUGAUAGCGACGUCUCUCGGGUUGCCGAUGACAUUAAUGGUCUGGCAGUGUCAUUGGAUUCCCUCAACUCUCACAAUGCAUCAUACCUGGGGUUCUCUUCGGUCCCAACCAUACUACGUGUCAUUGCCCAUUUGUCACCUCGCAUUCGCCAGGUAGUCCCUCCCAGCCUCGAGACAUUGAAAUCUCCCGUACCCACGGGCGAGAGUCCAGAGAGCAAUGUGUCCGCCGACAUCGAUGAGUUAUCUUUGAUCAACGCGUACUUUUUGCAUGUCCAUCCUAUCACGCCAAUGAUUGACGAGGCCGACUUUCGGCGGCGCUUCGCUGACGGCGAAGUUCCUGAAAAUUCCAAAACGCCGUGGCUUGCCCUGUUUAAUAUGGUACUUACAAUGGGCUGUUUUGCGGAGGACAAUUCGCAGUUCAGCAAACACCAUUUUUUGUACAAGCGAGCCUUAUCAUAUCUGAGCAUGUCAUCGUUCGGCUCAGGGCAUAUAUACACCGUCCAAGCCUUGGCUCUCUAUGGGGGCUGGGUACUUCACUAUUUGAACAAACCAAAUACAGCCUGUGCUGUCAUGGGAGCGACUCUCCGCAUGGCUAUUGCUAUGGGCUUGCAUAGGGUACAGAUACCGAGGCAUUACCCAGUCAAUGCCCAAAGCUCAGGACAUAGUUCCAUCGUACGAGGAUACGUACCUGGUGGUGCAUAUUCUGUCUCGACACUUGUAUUAACGUCCUCAACAUCUUCGCUGGCGAGUAUGGAUUACGGAACGAUCUCGCUCACUGCAAAUGAGCAAUUCUGCAAGAUUGCAACACGAAUACAAGAGCGACUGGUCGAGACGCCCUUAAUUACAUCAAAUGAGAUCCAAGACUUUGAUGAAGAACUUUUGAAAUGGAAAGGAUCCCUGCAUGUAUUCCUCUCCGAUGCCCAACACUGCCCACCUCAUCUGCGAGUCGCGCGAGCAGUGCUCUUGUGUCGAUUCAUGACGACACGUCUCAUACUUUACCGACCAUACCUCUUGAGCGCAGCGAUACAUCAGAAGCCGUGGUCUAAUGCUCCUCAACUAGGGGGAGCAUUGGUCGUCAAGUGUCUGGAAAUUGCUCGCGCCGGCGUCGACACCAUAGGUUCGGAUUGGUUUCCAAACCAUAUGUUAUGUUGGAAUCAUGCGUGGCACCUCUUUCAAAUCUCGUUGGUUCUGAUUCUUGCUCUCGCUUCAGAUGCAAACGGAGCAGAAAGUGCACUUUGCACUGAGUAUAUCACCAAGUCUAUGGAUCUUCUGGCCCAAAUGGAACCCUUCGAUGCCGGGGCCACACGGGGUCGACUGGUCAUUCAGCUUCUACAUGAAAACAUUAGGCAUCGGGAUGAUUCUAUGGCUAAUAUCAACCUUGAUGCAUCUAGCUCUUUGGUUCUUGAUCUUCUUGAUGAGGAAAUGAUGGGUACCGACGCCGAGUGGGUCAAUUUUCUGUGUGGUUACAACUGA